GGGGAAAGGCCGUAAGUGUAUGUGUGUGUCAUGGUGUGUGUAUCCAUGGCGGGGAUCCUAGCACCACCCCGUCAGGCCGUGUGGAGCUUCGCUCCAUUGAUCUAUUAGUCCUUGAAUCAAUAGACACUUAUUGGGCGCCUGCCGAGUGCCGGGCUCUGGCCUGAGGCAGUUUCGACAGUAAAGAAGCAGGGGGGCGGGGGGGAUUGGCAGGGGAGAAGGCUGCAGGCUUCUGAGCCCGGAAGCCCGGGCAGGACUCCAUUUCCCAGAAUGCCGAGCGUCUGACGUCACGUGCACACAGAGGAAGUCUCUCCCCCUUGGGCUGCCACCCCCUGAAGGACCCCAGGGUGGCCCUGCAGAGAGCCCGCAGCCAGAGGAAUGGCCCCCGGGACCCCGAGGCCCCCCUCCCAGGCGUCAAUAACAUUCAAGGAUGUGGCUGUGGACUUCACCCAGGAAGAAUGGUGCCUAUUGGACCAUUCCCAGAAAGCCCUGCACCAGAAGGUCAUGCUGGAGAAUGUGCAGAACCUACUCUCUGUGGGGAUUCCAGUUUCUAGAGGAAAUGUUAUCUCCUGUUUUCAGCAAGGGAAAGCACCAUGGCUGCUAGAGCAAAAAGGCCCAAGGAGCUCCUGUCCAGAGGCAGAAAUUAAUUUUGAAGUGAAGGAGUUGUCCACAAAGGUGAGGCUUAUGGAUGGAUCUGGCCUCCAAGGAAGCAUGAAUGAGGUUUCCCAUGACUUCAUUUUGAGAGAUAUUUGUGACUCUACUAUCAAGGUAAAUCAAAAUGCAAGGUGUGACUGUGAAUUUGAUGAAACUGCAGAGAAAUUCAACCAACAUUCAGCUCUAACUCGAUAUAUGAAACAGAACUCAGGAAAUGACUAUUGUCAGGAUAGUGAAUAUAGGAAAUGCUUUCUUGAAAAAGUAGGACUUAUUCAGUCACCUGAGAAACCUGAAACGCCCACGUAUCAAGGUAAUGUAGGAGGAAUGGCCUUUGGCUGUAGUUCAGGCCUCAGUAGACAUCCAAAAAGUAAACAUGUCAAGAUGGUUUGCGUGAGUGAUGAAGGUGGGAGAUCCUUCAGUGAGAACUCUCAGCUUGCUGCUCAUCUGGGAAUCCACACUGGAGAGAAACCUUAUGAAUGUAAACAAUGUGGAAAGGCUUUCACAAAGAGGAGCAAACUUGCUACACAUCAGAGCAUCCAUACUGGAUUGAAACCUUAUGAAUGUAAACACUGUGGAAAAGCUUUCACACAGAGGUAUCAUCUUUCUACACAUCAGAGAAUUCACACUGGAGAGAAACCUUAUGAAUGUAAACACUGUGGAAAGGCUUUCAGAUGGAGUUACAAUCUUACUGCGCAUCAGAGCACUCAUACUGGGACAAAACCUUAUAUAUGUAAACAAUGUGGAAAGGCUUUCACACACAGCGCCAGUUGUUCUACACAUCAGAGAAUCCACACUGGAGAGAAACCUUAUGAAUGUAAACUCUGUGGAAAAGCUUUCACAUGGAGUGCCUCUCUUGCUAAGCAUCAGAUUGUCCACACUGGAGAGAAACCUUAUGAAUGUAAACAAUGUGGAAAGGCUUUCAAACAGAAGGACCAUCUCACUAGACAUCAGAAAAUUCAUGCUGAAGAGAAACCUGAUGAAUGUAAACAGUUUGGAAACACUUUCACACAGAGAGGCACUCUUGCUGCACCUCAGUGGAUACAUACUGGAGAGAAACUUUAUUAUGUUGGAUAUGUAUUAGGUUCUUUGGUAAUUGGAUAAUCAGUCUUAAAAUUUUUUUGAUAAAUUGGGAAUAGGUGAAUAAGAGAGAGGAGUUGAGUGAGCUGGAUUUCUUUAAGUCAGAAUAGAAUCUGAAAGAGAAAUGAUGGGAAGAGAACUUUCUCAAGGAGCCUUGGGAAAGUCAGUUGAAGCAAUGAUCACUCUUUUGGCUGUCCUGAUCCAGGAAAGUUUUCCAAGGUGCUUGCUCCUUGUAUCAAGGUCUGGCAAAUUUUCUUAAAACAUCCUAUCAGGCAAGAGGAGAAUAGUAAUGCUCCAGUAUCUCUGUUUCACCAGUGGUGGCGGAGAGCAAAGGAUGAGUGGAGAAUUCAGUGAAGUUCUGACAAGCUGAAUUUCAUCUGAGCAGCAGGAAAGGAAUCUGUCUUAUUCCUUUCUGUUUGUUAAGUUAAUAUUUCAGUUUAAGAUAGUUAAUUAGUUUUGGGGAAUAGAUUAGUAAGAGUAGUUUUAAGUAGGCUUGUGAAUUCAAGCAAGAAGAAAGUCUCAUGAAAGACAGUUGUGGGUUGUUAGCUAGUAUUGAUUAGAUUUAGGGAAAUAUAUUUCCUCAACUUAAUAAUUACAUUAUCUCCAAUUUCCUUUUCCUAUCACUGUACCUAUAUAUGUAAAUAUAAAUAAAUUUUUUUAUACAAAA